AUGAUGACCACCAUGUUUUUUGAUGUGACGUCGCCGAAUUACUCACUCUUUGCCCUCCCUAUCAUGUACAUAUUGACACUCAUACCGCACUGGUAUGCUGUUUCUAUAUGCGUAGCUCAGAAUGGCUGGAAAAACGAACAUCCCCGCACUUUUGUCACGCAGUUGGCGGCACGACCUAUUCUUGGAACCAAGAAAAUGGAACAUACCCCUGCUGAGCGAAAGGUUUUGCGGGCUGAGGCAUGCCAACAAAAUGGUUUCGAAAAUCUGCCCAUAUUUGGAAUGGCGCUGCUUUGCGGGCUGGUGGCUGAGUUGCCUGGGUACUUAAUGAACGCGAUGGCUACCUUGUACCUUUUGUCUCGUAUUAUAUACACGAUUCUCUACAUUUUUGCGGACUCGCAUGCCAUGUCGCUACUGCGCAGUUUUACAUUCCUCGGUCAGGUCAUCCUGUACAUGGCUUUUUUCAUGCAAGCUGCCUUUGCCGUAGCAAGUCGUUCUCAGACGCAGCGCUGGGGAUUUUAG